ACAGGCUUCUUUAAAGCAGCACUUUCCUUCUGAAAAGAAGGGGAUGUUUUGUUUGAUCUCUUUACUUUCAUGAUGAGAGAGGGUAAAAUAAAAGAGAAUUGUGUUUUGACUUUUUCAUUGUUUUUUUUCCUUCUCACUUAUUUUUUCCUUGCCGUCCAGCUUUCCUCCUCCUGCUGUUUUUGACCUACAGAUAAAAAAAAAAAAAAAGCAAAAAAGCAACAAUAAUGUCAGCAAGUGAGCGCUUUGACUGCCAUUACUGCAAAGAUUCUCUGCUGGGAAAGAAGUACAUAAUGAAGGAAGACACGCAGUACUGCACAAAGUGCUAUGAGAACCUAUUUUCUAAUUGCUGUGAGAGCUGCUCUUCACCUAUUGGGUGCAACUCCAAGGAUCUAUCCUAUAAGGAUCACCACUGGCAUGAGCAGUGCUUCAAAUGUGCAGAGUGCAGCCGGUCUCUGGUAGAAAAGGCCUUUGCUGCUAAAGAGGAUUUGAUGCUCUGUACUGAGUGCUACGCACACGGUUAUUCCUCCAAGUGUGGCUCCUGCAAGAAAACCAUCAUGCCAGGUUCUCGCAAAAUGGAAUACAAGGGGAACAGCUGGCAUGAGACCUGCUUCCUGUGCCAUCGCUGUCACCAGCCAAUAGGAACCAAGUCCUUCAUCCCCAAAGAUGCCGGCUACUUUUGCGUGCCCUGCUUUGAGAAGCAGUUUGCAUACCAGUGCUGUGCCUGUAAGAAGUCUAUUACAACGGGUGGAGUGACCUACCAAGAUAAGCCGUGGCACCGUGAAUGUUUCCUCUGCAUUAGCUGUAGAAAGCAGCUAUCGGGCCAGCGCUUCACCUCCAGGGAAAACUACCCCUACUGUCUUGAGUGCUUCAGCAACCUGUAUGCAAAGAAGUGUGUGGGCUGUACCAAGGCCAUAACUAGUCUUGCAGGUGCCAAAUACAUCUCCUUUGAGGAGCGCCAGUGGCACAGUGAGUGCUUCACCUGCAUGCAGUGCUCCGUGUCACUGGUGGGACGUGGCUUUCUCACCCAGCGCGACAACAUUUUGUGCACCGACUGCGGGAGGGAGAAGUGAUGAGGUUGUGGACGGACAACCACACUCAACAACAGCAGCUCACGUUCUGAUAUUUGUGCACCCAUGAAUAUUUCCUGUCACUGUGCCUAGAACAAAUAUGAUAUAAUAAUAUGGUGUUACAAAUCACUCUUAACUACUCCCUCACAUACCCACAAUACUUUACUCGCCAAAGUGGUGAUACUUUCAUCAAUUAAAGUUUUGAAAUAAUUCUAUCUAUUGCUGAACAAUGCUUCUUUAAAGAAAGAAAUUGGUUUUUGCAAGGAUAAAAUAGAUGCUGCUUUUAAGACAAUUCACGGCCGAUAAGUUUUAUGAAGAUAAAUGGCAAAAUGUUUGAUGCUGAUAAUAACUGCUGCAGCUGUUUGUUGUGCUUUCGCAGCGGAUGAAAUUAAAUGCUCACAAAGGAAGCUGCAUACGGUGCAUGAAAUUUGCUUUAAACAUGAAAGGUUG